CACAGCUGGACACUUCAUCAAGAUGUUUCUCCUAAACUGUUCAGGCUGGACAGUUGGGGUUUAGUUGCAGCGCGGUGAGGAGUGUAUUUGUUUGUGUCCCACGUGCUAAGAUGUCGAGUUGGCAACAGUAUGUGGGCGUCUUCCUAUUGGCUGUCGUCACUUCUGUCGCCUCUGAUAACUACAAAGAACUGACUGGAAAUCAGGUAUGGAAGCUGAACCAGGAGGACGAAGCCACGGUCCAGCAGCUGGUUGUGGAUGGCCUGGUGGACCCGCUGGACCACUCGGGACCAUCAACCUCCCUCAGGGUCACCCCCGAGACGGCAGGUCUGGUGAAGGAGGUCCUAGACCAGGCUGGCAUCACCUAUCAGGUCAUCGUCCAAGACCUGGCAAGAUAUCUUCGGGUUAACGACGUUAUACAGAGGUCACAGGUCCGGAAGGAGCUGAGGGCCCAAACCUGCACAUCAUCCAGCUGCACUGCCCCUCUCACCGACAACUACAUGACCUUUGACCAGAUGGAGUACUACUUGGCCCAGCUGAACAGCCACCCCAGAGUUAGUGUUUCAUCCAUCGGCAAGUCGAUCGAGGGUCGUGACAUAUGGAUAGUUCACAUCAACCGUUCUGGUUGUGAAGGUCAGGAACCGAUUGGCAUGACACCGCGUUUUGCGUACUCUGCCAUGAAGCGCCGGACGGUCUGGCUGGAGGGAGGCAUCCACGCUCGUGAAUGGAUCUCACCAGCCGUAACUCUACAAAUCAUUCACAAUAUUACUCAUGACUGCUCUAUGGGUCGGGGGCUGGAGGUUUACGUAGUGCCCAUGGCAAACCCUGAUGGAUACGUCCACACCUGGACUAAUAAUCGCCUCUGGCGUAAGAACCGCAGAAACAACCCCGACAGCUCAUGUGACGGCGUCGAUCUUAACCGUAACUGGGACUUUGAUUACGGUGUGGGCGCCUCCCCUCAUCCCUGCGGUGAAACUUAUCGAGGAACAUCUGCCUUUUCUGAACCAGAGACUCAGGCCCUGCGAGAAGCAAUGCUGCAGGUGAACAGCACAGGCACCCUCCAAAUGGUGAUGGCAGUGCACAGCUACGGCCAGCUGCUGCUCUAUCCCUACGGUGGCCCCGCCAGUAACCCAGCACCAUACAAGGAGAAGAUGGAGAAUCUUGGGAAAUUGUUCGUCAACACUGUCAACAAGGUUCAUGACAAGACAUACAAGAUUAUGAACGCCAAUGAAUUGUACCCAGCGUCUGGCACUUCCCAAGACUGGGCCAAGGGUAUUCUCAAGGCCAAGUACGCCUAUACACUUGAGCUACGUAGUAAAAAGACCUUCGUUCUGAAACCCGAUGAGAUUCUGCCCACGGGGCAGGAAGUGUUGGAGGGACUCAAGAUGGUGUUUCUGGCUCUCGCCAGAGAAAAGAAUACCCAGUAGUGCUGAGCUGGUAUGUCGCCACCAGCAGCUGUUGGAUGAGAGGUGCAUCAAUAUUGUAUUAAUAUUCAGUGCAGAUGAAUCUACUCCCAGAAGUUGUAGACUUGUUGAUGUUGUCUAACAUCUCAACGUAUUGGACGGCCUGGAGCAUCAGACAUGACUACACCUGUACAAGACGACACCAUACAACUACCUCUCACAGCACUACACUUCUUACUGCACUGUUCAAUUGAAUAAAGUCAAUGUUUCAA